AUGCGCCGUGUGAUGUGUGUGUUGGCCGUUGUGCUGUGCUGCGCCUGCGGGUAUACCAUGGCGGCUGCUGCUACUGCUGUUAAUGCUUUGCAGCAAAAUGUGGUAAGGGAAAGGGGAAAUCCUGAUGAAUGGAGUGAUUUGUUUAUAACGGCAACCGUUAAUCAUACGUGUACGACGAAUCCUGAAGAUACAGUUAAUGGAUUAAGUUGUAAGGAAAGGGGUUAUCCUAAGAAGGCUGAACCUUUACCAACACCACAGGGGAACGGUGAACCAGGAGCCAAUCUCAGUCCGGCAUCACCUACAAAAGGA